CUCUAAAAUAGUUACGUCACCAAUUUGUUGUAAACAGAAGGAAAGAUGGCGGAGUCAGGGGAGUCCAAGGCAACAUGUACUUUUCUAUUUAAAAAAUCAACCAAAAAAUGCAACACUCGGAAGAGAAAAGCCAGUGACAGCGACAAAGGUGAGCUACAAUGUUUGAGUCCAUCUCAGUGUUGUUUCAAAAGCUAACCAUAAGACUGCAUUGUGCAUGAAAACAAUGGCUACUAGUAAUAGCCAAGCUAGUUAACUAACCUAGCUAGCUGGAUAUUGCUAGUAAUAGUUAGCGAGAUAGCUAACAUUUGAAGUUUAUUUAGUUAGGCGUUAAGAUUGUGCCUAAUAAAAACAAAACUACUGCCAGCUAUAAAACACCCAAGCCAUGGAAAUAAUUGUGCAAGUGACAAAUGGACCCACAAUGGCCGAGUACUGUAAACAUGAAAAUGUCCCACUCACAUUCUGAUGCUUGCCUCAUUGCCUCCUCCAUUGUCAGAUGGCAACAGUGACGAAGACAAGAAUGCCGUCGUCAGAAAAGAAAAAAAGACGGGUUCAGCAAACCCUAUGAUUCAAAGGGUAACGUCGCGCGACUGACUACAAACGAAUCAGUCUUUAUACUUAACAUUUUUGAUAGUGUGAAAUCAUUAUUCUCUUCUCCCCAGACAAAGAAAGUAGAGAGAGAGGAGGUGUCAUCUGCUGAAAGUGAUGAGGAGAAAGAAAGAAAGAAAGUCACUGUUGCAUACAAGUCCACACGGUCAGCAGUGAGUUAUUUUGAAAAAGACCUCUCCUAUACCACUGUACAUUAAUAAUGUUUUGUAUUUAUACCCUACCAACCCCUUUAUUGCUCUGCCCUGUAUAAAGCUAUCAAUCUCGUCCUCCUCCCUUCUCUGUGCAUAGAAACCAGAGGGGCCAGAUGACAUGGGAGCAACUGCAAUCUAUGAGCUGGACACAGCAAAGGACAAUGAUGCUCAGGCCAUCUUUGAGAGGAGUCAGAAGAUCCAGGAGGUAAGACAUCUGUCCCUAGUUGGAGGAACUUUGUUUCCUUAGUGUAUCUACAUCUUUAGUAUUGUAUCAUUUGCAUUCUUCCCCCAGUCUUGUGUAGUAAAUUGGGACAACGUUGGUCCGCAAAUGCUUAAUAAGGGUCUCUAUCCUCACCAGGAGCUGACCGGUAAAGAGGAUGAUAAGAUCUACAGAGGAAUGAACAACUACAAAAAGCACAUCAAGCCCAAAGACUCCACCAUGGGCAAUGCAUCCUCUGGCAUGGUCAGGUAUGUAUGCAUGUUGUGUGACAGAGUAAAUUUGAAAUGUCUUGGGGAAAGUUUUUAUUUUAAUGUUUUCGCUAUGUAUUUGAAUCAUCACGGUUUUCUAUUUUCUUUGUCAGGAAGGGCCCAAUCCGGGCCCCAGAGCACCUGAGGGCCACAGUGAGGUGGGACUACCAGCCAGACAUCUGCAAGGACUACAAAGAGACUGGCUUCUGUGGCUUUGGAGGUGAGUGGGCUUUGCUGUAAAGUUGCCUCCCCCAAUGUCGAGCUUUGCGCAGGUCCUCCUUUCCCUACUUGAAUUUAUAAUCUGUGGAAGUCUCUGAAAGUCUCCUUUGUGUGUUUCUUUUCCCCUCUUAGACAGCUGCAAGUUCCUCCAUGACCGCUCAGACUACAAACAUGGCUGGCAGAUUGAGAGAGAGCUGGACGAGGGGCGCUAUGGGGCCAACGGUGAGUUCACAACAGGGGAGAAACACGGGGCUGUGUAGAUUUAAGAUUGAUCAAAGAUUAGAGUAGAUGUUUGUGAUACAGCUGUUCAGUAAUGUGUGGUCUGUAUGAAGAUGAUGAGAACUACGAGGUGAGCAGUGACGAGGAGGACAUGCCCUUCAAAUGCUUCAUCUGCCGAGAGUCCUUUAAGAACCCCGUCAUCACCAAGUAAGACAAUGCUCCUUAAGAACUUCUUCACCGUUAAGUGUGUGUAGAGAAACUUCCAGCAGUGAUUGCUAAUCAAACCACUCAUGUCAUGUCUCCCGCAGGUGUCGGCACUACUUCUGUGAGACCUGUGCUCUUCAGCACUACCGCAAGUCCCAGCGCUGCUAUGUGUGUAACGUCCAGACCAACGGCGUCUUCAACCCAGCUAAAGGUGAGGAUAAUGCAUCUCAAUUACCAUGGUCAGCAUAGUGGUAUGGCAUGUACAGUAGGGAAUGGCCUCGGAUGAUCCACCAAAGCAUAACUUUGGGCUAAGAAAACAAAAAUAAAGCUACAGUAGUUUGUUGUUGACCAUGGAGCUUAUGUAGCCUGACGACUCAAGCUGAAUUCUUCCUCUGCUCCAUCGUUCGCUACAUACUUCAGUCUGAGACCGCAAUCAUUGAAGUCGUUUGUGGUGACGUUAAAAUGAGGAGUGUUGUACAAAAGUAAUCAGUGAUUGGAUUAUCUCUAACAAAUCAGAGUACCAAUGCCGAAUUUUCAAAACCUUGCUUUACCGUCGUGUUCUGGCCCAACCCAUCGGUUUCUGGGAACAAUCAGAUGGUCUAGAACGUAUUUCCGUAGGGGAGGUACUCUGCUUCAGAUUCAUUGCGGAGAAGAAACUAACAUUGGUCGGCGUGGCGUUUGGCCAGAGCAAGGAGUUUUGGUAGCCAGACAAGAGCUUAUGCACAUCGGGUAAAAGACUAGUCUCUAUAGUCAGGUAAAUAGAAAAAGCUCACUGCUCCUUGAAUAUUCAUGCCUGUGGCUGUGUACGGCUGAGUGGAGUUAUUUAGCUCCAGGCAGUAGCCCUAAAAGUGUUUUUUCGCUCUACAGAGCUGGCAGCCAAGAUCGCCAAACACCAAGCCAUGCUUGACCAGCCACCCUCUGAUGAAGAAGAUUAGCAACCUACUGUAAAUACAGUACCUGUCCCAUCCAACUCCAUAAGUGUCUGUUAUAAGUCUCCCCUCCCCUGUUUUGUUUCAUUGUGUCAAUGUCAAGCCUUCUGGAAUAAAACUCGAUUUUGUAAUA